CCUUGCCACCCCCUGACUGGUGGAAUCGUGGAAAGGGUCGGUUCCUGAUGAUGUCAUUUCCUUGCCAACUGGACAUCGGAAGGAGCGACGACGGAGUUACUUCCUACCGCUGCACUGAAGCCUGGGAACCAUGACGACAAAGGCAGAGGAUGUGUUCUCUCUCACCAAGGAGGAGGAAGCGACAGGUGUGAUGGGCAGGAUCUACAUCCCCAAGAUUAUCUCGCAGGGUCCAGCCAAGGAGUGGAUUGAGAGGCGCCAGCUGGCCAUUCGCCCCUGGGCCAACUUCGUUGACCAGAAGCGUUUCUCCAAGCCCAAGAACCUGGGCGAGAUGUGCAAGCGGCUGGUGAAGAAUGUGGAGUACUUCCAGAGCAAUUAUGUCUUUGUCUUCUUGGGCCUCAUUGUCUACUGCGUGGUCACUUCACCGAUGCUGUUGGUCGCCCUGGCCGUGUUCUUUGGUGCCUGUUACAUCGUCCACCUGCGGGCCUCCCAGUCCCGGCUUGUGCUGUUUGGCCGUGAGCUGAGUCCUGCUCACCAGUACGCUGUUUCCGGAGCGGUGUCCUUCCCCUUCUUCUGGCUGGCUGGUGCUGGCUCUGCUGUCUUCUGGGUGCUCGGUGCCACGCUGGUAUUCAUUGGGGGCCAUGCCAGCUUCCACGAGCUGGAGUCUGGAGAUGGAGAGGAGUUGCAGAUGGAGGCAGUAUGAGCAGUCACAGAUAUGGACGAGUGUCGCACGGAGGGGCAGACUCUGACUCCUGCCACCCCUCCCAUCCAUCAGUUCAGUCCGCUCCUCCCCACUGUCAUUGUAACCAUAACUCAUUCUCACCUCUUGCCCUCGUCAGCAUAUAUAUACUGUUGCGGUCUCACUGACUCUCACCAGUCAUGGCAAGCGGAAUCUUCUUUGCACAUUAACCUUGGUUGGAACAUUUACACGGAUGUCAGGCUUGAAGCUCGACCUGAUCCGGGACACUCUGAGGGGCCAUUGCUCCUCGGGAGAACCCCAGAGAUCUGGUGGAUGCCAUGUAUUCCCAGGUCCCCAGACAUGAGUGUAUCCUCAGAAGGAGGGAGCAGAUGGCUGUCUUGGGCAGUGGGUUUGGUCAGAGGCAGUGUGAACUUGGGGCCUCCCACCUGCAUCCCCCUGCGUUGCUACUGAGCAGAUCUGCUAGCUGUGAGGUGUUAGGCCCAACUGGAGGUACUUGGUGGGUUGUAGCUGCUCUGUGCUGGACCCUCCAUCCUGUGUGGGUGGGGGCUCAGGUAGGUCCACCCACCUACCGCCUGUCCUGUCACUGCUCAGAGCACCUUCACAAUUCCCCACCACCCCAUCCCCUCCUCCACGUAUCUCCCCUCCAUACAAACGAAUCCACUCCAUACACUCUCCCCAUCACUCCACCCACCUCACAUCUUCCCUCCCAACAAACCGCACCCCUCUACAAACCUUCCCUUCACCUCGUCUCCUCUACACCCUCUCUGGGGAAGGGGUCAUGUGCCCCACCCCAUAUUUCUUGCCCCUGGUCCUCCCACUCCUUUUUCUCCUCACAACCCUCCCUCUCUUCUUCUUCCACCCCCCACCCCCAACCAUUAUCUCGGAUACUGCAGUUCCCACCUACCAGGCGUUUCACUAUAUUGGGAGUGAGUAAAAUGUGUCCACAAGCUGAGUGACUUGUCGGACGUACUGAAUCAGGGUCACUGUGCUGGGGCGUUCGGGAGAGGGCCCCACUGAACCAAACACUCCUGUGAGGUCAGACCACGAGGGCCAUACCUGGCACUCGUAUAGAAAAGAAGAUCAUGGAGGCACAUAGAACAGAAUAGUAGAGCGCAGUAAACAGGCCCUUUGGACCGUGAUUUCAGUACCAAACACAAUGUUGAAUUUAAAUAAACCUCUGCCAUGUGUAUAUCUCUCUA